UUGUCUACCUCUAUCAUCGUUCCUUGUCCGACAGGGGUUGCAAGACCCAGAUCAGAUUCGCGAUCAGAAUCGAGCGGCCUUCUCCCUGUUAUCGUGCUCAGCCCUCAGCCCUCAGCGUUCGCACAUUCGUGGCUGCAUACAAUUCGUUGGCUGUUGUGCCUUGACUCCUUGAGGUUCUUGCGUCGGGCCAAAAAGACAAGGCAAAUACAAGGCUGCCAGCCAGGUUUCCUACAUCAUGGACUCUCAACACCAGCCACAACGCGGGAGAUCCCCUUCAGGCGCCCACCCCAAUCGACCUCUGAGCCACUCACCAUCGCCUCACACCUUUCAAGAACAGGUUCCAGGACUAGGGAUCAAUUCGACCCUUCUCUCGGACCCGUCUGCUUUCAAUAUCAACACGUUCAACAAUGACCUCAUCAGCCCGACCUCAACCCCAUAUGAUAUCUCUACACCCUUUCUCACCGGCUCGGCCCAAGCUCAGCACCAGCAGCAGCACCCACAACAACAGCCGCAGCAGGCUCAUCAGCAGUCGCAUCAAAACCAGCAGCAACAACAAUCACAGCAACCACAGCAACAGCAUCAACAAGGAACGCCUCAGCAAUUCGCGUCUUCCUCUGAUCCGUCCUUUUUCCAGACAUCAAACUUCCCUCAAUCAUUUGAUCAGUCCGGAUUGGGUUCAGAGAACGCGAGCCAGUUUUCGCAGUCACCGCAUUCGCAACAGCAAACAUCGCAGGAAAAUCUCCACUUUGCAUCGGACUUUCUGAAUCCUAGUUCCAUUUCAGACAAUUUUAAUGAUUUUUCCCUCUUCCAGGACGCCGGUCUGAACCAAAACAACGCCUUCUUUGAUCAGAACGCCAUGGUGAACCAAUUAAAUCAGCAAGGAGGUCUCCAGCAACAGGAAUCCAUUAACCCAGCCGAUCUCAUGGGAGAGAUGCCCUCGCCGCAUCAUCAUAGUCCUACUCCUCCGCACCUGCUCCAAUCCGAUCAGAGACAAUACUCGGCAGGACAACCAUCGUCGUCCCCAGGCAUUAACCAAGGCGCUUUCCGCCCCACGACGCAUUCGCGCAAUGCUUCGCUCGAUCCUGCCAGUGCGGCCUUUCCAAUGGGCCAGCCUCCCGUAGACUGGACCGGCAUGCUUUCGGGCGCCUCCUUUCAACCUGGCCAUCGCCGCACACCUUCAGAACAUUCGGAUGUGUCGUCUGUCGCACCUUCGCCAUUCCUGGGCAACAAUGACGGGUUCGACCCACUCGAUCAGCAGCCGUCACCAUUACUAGGCGCCCAAGAUUCGAGCAUCUACCAUGAUGCGGGCUUGGGGAUUGAGCAGUUCACUUUGUCGGACCAACAGCAUGGUCUCAGCCCUGCACAUAGCCCGCACAUUUCACCACAUCUGGGUCCUUCUCACCCAUCUUUACCGUACCAGGGUGGUGCUUUCUCUCUCAAUGAAGAUCCGAACUUUGGCCUUGGUUUGAGUCAUGGACCAGGACCUGAAACCAGUCAAGAUCAAAUUGAAGCCUUUCCGUCCUUUUCUCAGCCGCAGGCGCAACGAAACCACUCUGGCGAUCUCGGCCAGGCUGAUCAAAUGGCGCCGCCAGAAAUCAAUAUUCAGUUUGCCGCACCGUCUCGGCAGUCAAGUUUUGAACCUCCAAAACCACCUGCGGAUGACAAUGCCUUGAGCCCUCCAGACCGGGGAAGGAGACACCGAUUUCGUGAUCGAUCAAAGUCAGAUCCAUACGGUACGCCUCUAAGCCGUCCAUCGAGCCCAUCAGGGAUGCAGUCUCUGUCAUCUGUGGUCUCGUGUUCGCCGAACCGGCCCUUGUCUCCUAUCGGACUUCAUCCAAACGCCGCUGCUUCAUCUUCUUCGGACCGACUUUCGCCCUCACCAUCUCCAUCGAACCGGAUCAGUCGUCGUUCGUCCACCUCGUCCGUGCCCAAUCGGGACUACAUUCUUGAUCUAGCCGACCCCCAGCGACCUGGGUCGAACGCGGGCGAAUCGAGACGUACACAAAGACAUCCAGCCAAUUUCCAGUGCCACCUUUGCCCCAAGCGUUUUACUCGGGCUUACAAUCUUCGAUCGCACCUGCGCACGCACACUGACGAACGGCCCUUUAUAUGCAGCACAUGCGGCAAAGCGUUUGCGCGGCAACACGAUCGGAAGCGCCACGAGAGCCUACACAGCGGCGAGAAGCGCUUUGUCUGCAAAGGCGAGCUCCAGUCCGGCAAUUCAUGGGGCUGCGGCCGGAAAUUUGCUCGCGCAGAUGCCUUGGGCCGACAUUUCCGUAGCGAAGCCGGUCGGAUCUGCAUCAGACCGCUGCUGGACGAGGAAGCACUGGACCGUCAACGCGCCGCCAGGGAGGGUCGGCAACUCCCACCACAGCAAGGCAUACUCGGCAACGGUCUCGACGCAUCACAACAACCACCCGGCAUUGGACUCGCCAACAUGCAACCAAACGCCGCCAAUAACCUUCAACCUUUUGGCAGCGGCCCCGGCGUCAAUGCCAUGGAUACAAACCCCGCGCCCUCGGCAGCCUUUGCUGCCUUCCCCGCCGCCCUCCUCGCGCAGUAUCCCGCCUUGGCAAAUAUCCCUUGGGACACCAUAGGCGCCGACGACAUCUCUUCUGGUGGUGGCGGUGCUGGUGGAGGUGGAGGAGACAUUAGCGGUCGAAGCAGCUUCGACGCCAGCAGCGGCGCCGAACUGUGGGAGCUCGACGACGAUCCAGAUAGCGGCGGAUACGUCAGCGGGCCCGGAACGGGCUUUGCACCUACUGCCUCGGGCUCGGGCUCGGGCUCGGGCUCAAAUCUCCACGCGCAUGUCGCUGCGUGGUCAGAUGCUGCUGCCGCGUCGGCCGACUGGGCCAGCGAUUACGGAGCGAGCGAUUACGAGGGGAGAUAGCGCGCCCUUGUCUGAUAUCACAGUAGUGAUCAUUGUUUAAUUGUUUUAUUUGGUUUAGCUGGUUUACUUGAUUUAUAUGAUUUACUUUUGGUUUUAUUUCUGGGCUUAGUCUUUUCUUUUCUUCUUCUGUUUCCUUCUCUUCUCUUCUCGUCU